AUGACUCGGAUACCAUGCCGCUCGACGGCGGCCAGAGGUAUUAUGCGGCCUCGCCAAACCUUUCCUAAGGCUGCUGUGCGCAAGCACAAGAUUAUUUUGGAAAGCAUCACGCAAGAGAAGAAGAAGCUUCGCAUCGCAAUUUCUUUUGAGACCAAACCGCCUCCGGGAUACACGUUCAUUCCUGCAGGGAACCCGGAGUUCACUAACGGAUGCAAGGAGCUGUGCCGGAAAGAUGGAUACAAAGUUUACACUGUAUCGACAACCCCCCAUCAACGAGUGCAUGACCUUUCUCAACAUGUCCAUAGGAUUGGUUAUCAUUUUCCUAGUGUUGUGGUAGCUACAAUAUGCAUGGAGCGGGGAUUUUUCCUCUCAUCCAGUGGGAGAGUGGUAGCGUAUCAGAAUCAACGCUCUGAACAGACCCAAGGUAACAAAAGUGCAAACUCGGAACAGUCACAGGAAACGAUCAACGCAGAGGCGAGGGAUGCAAUCAAAGAUUUGUUCCCUAACAUCCCGACCAAAGAUCUGAACCAGAUUGUAAAAACGGCUUUCAAAAAGGGAAAACGUAGGGUUGGAACAGCAAUCGAACUUCCAUUAGCACGCCGGGCUCAGCUCGCAGUAGUGGCCCAUAUUCGCCAUAUCUACACCAGCUAUGAUCGCUUACUUAAAACGACCUCCUUUCAGGAAGCUAGGGCGUCGGUUGAAGAGCCCACCCUUGCUAAAUUAGUCCUUUGGCGAGGUGAUGAUGAAAACGGUACAACCGUACUUGAAGACGUUUUCCGUGAAGUCAUCGUUAUAUCCGACGAUGAAGAUGAUGAACAAGAUGGUGAAGAGCAGGUAGAAUUACCACUGCCACUUCUACCACCUCACCCUCAUCAUGAUAUCCCUAGAGAGAGCAUGGAGCUAGCUUCCAGGAAUACCACACAGAGGCAGAUUCCACGUAAUUAUGGAACUCCAAGGGAUAGCCACUUUGUUACCCGCCCUAUCGCUGUACAAAAUUCCAGACAAAACCCUUCUACUCCAAGUGUGAUCACUAUUGAUACCCCUAGUCAGCAUUCCGAACGGAGAAACCAUGACCACAGAGGGUUCCGGAGGUAUGAGGCAUGGGACCGAGCAAGAACUCGGUAUAGCCACCUUGUAAAUGGUGCCCCUGCUGCCCCUGCUGCGCCAGAGUUUAGAGAACAACACUCUCCAAGAUACCCGCAGGCUGAAUCAAGACAGGAUUUCUACGGCAGGGGAGAAGAACACCGUGUCCGAUUAUCGCCAUCCAUGGAUACUCCAGCAAUGAAAGCUACUGAUAUUACCAGGAGAGAAGUUGUUACAGAUCGUGCACAACCUACAAACCCGUAUACGCCAAGAAGAAUUACGGCCCUGAAAGAGACAGAGCCUGAGCGGCACCGCCGGCUUCCGGACCAUCCUCCAUUCUUGCCGGCUGUCGAACGGCCCCAAAUGGGUUAUGAUUAUAGACAGAGUCCUGCUGUAUCUUCUAACCUUCAGAGAGUGAACCGCCUCCAGUCGAGACUCAGCUAUCCUCCAUCUGUUGUCGCUCACCCUGGGUCAUCGUCGGCGCCUCUUCAAUCCCAGCUAGGGCCCCAUGUUGAAUCCCGGGAUUACCCUAUUAUUCAAUCGAUUGAGAGCCCGGUGGCUCCGAUCAGCCGGCCAGAGAGGCCGGACAGCAUACCAAGAAACAGUCCAAGGUUGACGAUGGUGAUGCCGGGCCAGCCAGCAUCCCGGACCAUGAGAUCCACUGAGAACGGGCAUCCUCCCUCGCAAUUAGACAUGCAUUCCAGGCACCAGGAAAGACACUGGGGUGAUCCCAGGUUUUCUCGUGUCAUUGGUACUCCCCAAAGACUGGCAUCCACCACUGCACGUAAUGGUAUACCACCCUACAACGGCCAUGGAUCCCAUCUGGAUGGAUCAUCCUGGAGCCCCUCCUCUGGAGGUCAACACCAGCAGCCCCAACCGCUACGGAGUAUAGAGAAUAUGCCACGCUCCCCAUUAUUGGAGAGGGCGAGGAUCGUGCGAGUAGCUCAGCCAGGCCUGGGCGACAUUGAGCAGCGACAUGUCCACUAUAUGGGAGACCACAGCAAUAGGGAGCGAGGCGUGGUGUCCUCCUCUCACCAAUCGUCGCCUAUUGCAGUGACUAACCCAGCAGAUGCGUCUAGAAGGAUAGCUUCACAGUAUCCGUACCCAGAAAACCCAGCGAUAGUGAUCCGACAGAGGCAUAGCCUGAACCCUCGCUUGGUCGCCUAUCCAGCCAGUGGCCCUCCCGCAGAUACUGGCAGCCGUUUGACGCAGGUUCGCAUAUAUGAUCAACCGACGGAACUACGGUCUUCUGUGAUAAAACAAGCUCAGCUGGAGGAAGGUCUGCAUCGUCAAGCACAGAUGACGCACUUGGAAAACCGAGACCCUACUCCGGUGCAGAGCAAUUUCAGCAGCAGCCGCUACAGCCAUCCCUAUCUCGAUAAACCACCCUAUACAUAUUUAGUGGACAGUGAUCGGCCAGCACCAGCCGCAGCAGCAGUACCACCACCAUUACCACCACCAAAGGCAGCACCACCAGGACACCAUUAUCCCAGUGCCGCCUCUGCUUUCCGGACAUAUCGAUCACCUCCACCACAGGCAUCGACACGCAGCUCCGAGUCGUUGACCACGGCCUCUACGCUCUCUCGCACCUGGACAGCUCCAGAGCUGGGCCCUACAAGCGGCCCCAUCCGCAGCCACCGGCCAUACACUACCCACAGGCCGUUCCUGUAG